GCGAGAAUGAGUUGGCACCAAGCAAACGAGUGCGGCAUCAGCUCUUCGCCCUCCCUCCCGCCUAAGCCUCGCGGCCGCUUCCGGCAGAGCUCCCCCAAUGCCGCUCGCAUCGCGGGCAGCUGGCCGAAACAUCCGUGGAGAUCCACAACUUUGGGCAUGCUGCGGUCUCGGCAAUUAUGGGGCGGCGCAUUGGCUUCUGCCAGAUCCCUCGCGUGCCUCGCCCUGGCCCCUGCGAAGGCCGUCGACGUCGAGCCCUCCCGUGCGCGAGGAGGGGCGCUGUGACCCGAGGCCGACGGCGCUUUUGCGAGAGGGGGUGCUCGCACACGGGCGCUCGGGCACCCAGCGGCGGCGAGAGGCGGCCCGGCAAAACCUGUGCAAGCGAGCGCCAGAGCCUCUCUUGACAGACCUGCUGCAGGGCUCGACCUAGACAGGGCUCUCCAUCUUCGUUCCGCCUCCGCUGCAAAACUGAGUCAAGACGAAAGCGGCCCCCGAAAACGCCAGAACCCCGUUUAGCUCGAGCCCUGACCUGCUGCACGCAAUCCGUGACACUGUGCAGGUAAAACGUGGAGAGGGCAAACGAUGAAGAGAAGGGUCUGCACCCAGCCGUAAAACGAAGCGGACCGCGGACAAUGAUGUCUCGCUUACCCGAUCCUGCUCCUCACGGGGCUUACGGGGCAAGAUACUUUAAACAUCGGAUGGGAGCAGCAUGACACGAAACACAGCGGUAACGUUUCCUUGACCAUAGGAAAUGUCACUCGUAAUGCGAACGGAACGAACGGCACGUUCGAAGGAGGCACGCUCAUGGCACACUGAAAUGCGCCACAAACAAUGAUUACACUAAAGAAUGCUUACAUUGGUCUCCAAAUCCGCCGACCCCGUCGGCGUGUGUGAGAGGCUGUUCCGUUCAGAUCGCUCAUCACUGCAAUCACCUUCGCGUUGCACAUAGCGUGCUCCACGACUCGGCGGACUCACCACGAGAAGUCCGUGAGCCUGCUGUCAGGUUGGCAGACUUGCACAUGCCAUAGGCG